AAAACCAAAAAAACAAGGGAAAGCUGGGGCUGGGGUUCAUUUGGUAAAAUUUUUGUCCAGUAUGCAUAAAGUCCUGGAUUCCAUCUCAGCAUGGCACAACCUGGAAGUAGCAAUGCAUGCUUGUCAUCCCAGGGUUCUGGACAUAGAGGCAGGAGGAUCAUGAGUUCAAGGUUGUCCUUAAUUACACUUAGCAAGUUCAAGACCAGCCUGGGGCGGGGGGAGCAGGUACUGGGGAGCCACGGCUGGGUUUAGAGCAUGGGUAAGCUGAAGGGGCCAGGAUGAUUGAUGCCCAGCUCUCAAGAGGACACCUUGACAGGGUGGGGUGGAGAUGGUGUCGUGAAUACAAAGAUCACCAGCCAGUCCUGACUGGAACCACCUCUUCCCAGACCCCGUUCCACCUGCAGCUGGACUGGGCCAGUCCUCUGGAAACCAUACUGGAUGUGCUGGUGUCCCUGUUACAGGCACAUGCCUGGGAGGACAUUGCUCUAGUACUAUGCCGUGUCCGGGACCCUGGUGGCCUUGUGACACUCUGGACUAGCCGUGCUGGCCAGGCCCCAAAGUUCGUGCUGGACCUGAGCCGGCUGGACAGUGGGAAUGAGAGCCUUCGGGUUGGACUGGCCCUGCUGGGGUCGCUGGAGGGAGGGGAGAGCCUAGUGCCGGCAGCUGUUCUCCUCGGUUGCAGUGCUGCCCGUGCACAUGAGGUUCUGGAGGCUGCGCCACCGGGUCCCCAAUGGUUACUGGGCACACCGCUGCCUGCUGAGGCACUGCCCACAGCUGGCCUUCCACCUGGGGUGCUGGCGCUGGGGGAAAUCAAACGACCCUCACUGGAAGCUGCCAUCCAUGACACGGUAGAGCUUGUGGCACGGGCACUCAGCAGCAUGGCCCUUGUGCACCCAGAGCAUGUCCUGCUUCCAGCUGUGGCCGGCUGUGAGGACCUGAAACCAGGUGGAUCUGAGUCAUCUGGUCAAACCUUGGUUCGAUUUCUGAGCAACACCUCCUUCCAGGGCCGAACAGGGACUGUGUGGGUGACAGGCUCCUCUCAGGUGCACGUGUCUCGGCACUUCAAGGUGUGGAGCCUGCGCCGAGAUCCGCUGGGUGCCCCAGCGUGGGCAACAGUGGGCAGCUGGCAGGAUGGACAGCUGGACUUUGAGCCGGGCGCAGCUGCUAUCCGUGUCCCAUCUCCAUCUGGCACCGAGGCACGGCCCAAGCUACGAGUGGUAACUCUGGUGGAACACCCAUUUGUGUUCACCAGGGAAUCCGAUGAAGAUGGGCAGUGCCCAGCUGGGCAACUGUGUCUAGAUUCAGGCACCAAUGACUCAGCCAGGUUGGAUGCGCUGUUUGCAGCAUUAGCCAAUGGUUCAGUACCCCGCUCACUGAGAAGAUGUUGUUAUGGCUACUGUAUUGACCUUCUGGAGCGGCUGGCGGAGGACCUGGCCUUUGAUUUUGAGCUCUAUAUUGUGGGGGAUGGCAAAUAUGGGGCCCUGCGUGAUGGGCGCUGGACAGGCCUGGUGGGUGACCUGUUGGCCGGCCGGGCACAUAUGGCUGUGACCAGCUUCAGUAUUAACUCAGCUCGGUCCCAGGUGGUGGAUUUCACCAGCCCUUUCUUCUCCACCAGCCUGGGCAUCAUGGUGCGCACACGAGACACAGCCUCGCCUAUCGGGGCCUUCAUGUGGCCCUUGCACUGGUCCAUGUGGGUGGGUGUUUUUGCUGCCCUGCAUCUCACAGCGCUCUUCCUUACCCUGUAUGAAUGGCGAAGCCCCUACGGACUCACACCUCGUGGCCGCAACCGUGGUACUGUCUUCUCCUACUCCUCUGCACUCAACCUCUGCUAUGCCAUCCUCUUUGGACGCACUGUGUCCAGCAAGACACCCAAGUGUCCUACCGGACGCUUCCUCAUGAACCUCUGGGCAAUCUUCUGCCUCCUGGUGCUGUCCAGCUACACGGCCAACCUGGCUGCGGUCAUGGUUGGGGACAAGACCUUUGAGGAGCUGUCUGGAAUCCAUGACCCCAAGCUGCACCACCCUUCCCAAGGAUUCCGCUUCGGCACUGUGUGGGAGAGCAGCGCGGAGGCCUACAUCAAGGCGAGCUUUCCUGAGAUGCAUGCACACAUGCGGCGCCACAGCGCACCCACCACUCCACACGGAGUGGCUAUGCUCACGAGUGACCCACCCAAGCUCAACGCCUUCAUCAUGGACAAGUCACUACUGGAUUACGAGGUAUCCAUUGAUGCGGACUGCAAGCUGCUCACUGUGGGCAAACCCUUCGCCAUUGAGGGCUACGGCAUAGGGCUGCCCCAGAACUCUCCGCUCACCUCCAACCUGUCGGAGUUCAUCAGUCGCUAUAAGUCCUCAGGCUUCAUUGACCUGCUCCACGACAAGUGGUACAAGAUGGUACCUUGCGGGAAGCGGGUGUUCGCCGUGACGGAGACGCUGCAGAUGGGGGUCUACCACUUCUCGGGGCUCUUCGUACUGCUGUGCCUCGGGCUGGGCAGCGCACUCCUCAGCUCCCUGGGUGAGCAUGUCUUCUACCGCCUGGUGUUGCCACGCAUCCGCAGGGGCAACAAGCUGCAGUACUGGCUUCACACGAGCCAGAAGAUCCACCGAGCCCUCAACACCGGGACACCGGUGGGGCAACAGGAGAGGGUGGAGCAGGAGAUCAGCGGCCCCGAGGAGGAGCAACUGCGUGCAGCAGAGGGUGCAGGGCGCUGGAGGCGGGUGCGUAGGGCGGUAGAACGAGAGCGAGAGCGGCGCGUGCGUUUCCUGCUGGAAACCAAAGAGGCC